ACUGAUCCCUUUGAGCCUGCCAACAAAAAAUCGAAAGGUUUAUGCCGCCGCUGCAAUAUUGUUUUUGACGCCGACCAGAUUCAUAUUUUGUCAAAUGGAGCAGGGCUUUUUCUUCCGAAUUGAAUGGAGGCACGAUUCAAGCGGUUAGAGGCUUUGAUCAUUUGUACCGGUGCAUUGGACAAACUUAUUGAGUUGUUGGAGAAUGUUCUUUACGGUGAAAUUGAGCACGAUGAAGGAGUGUGCACACUUUACAUUCAAAUAGAUGAAAUUAUAAAGAAUCUUCAAUCCUUCCGUUCUAUUGGAGUAAUGGAGCAAAACGACCAUGCAUCCAAGGAGGGAUCAAGCGUUGACUCACACGUUGGAGAUGAAGUGGAAAUCGGACCUGAAGCAAUAAACAAAGAUGACGGGAGGUUCAACGUUGUGGACAGAAAUGAAGGUCCUCUUGCAGAAGAUGGUGCUAAUGUCGACAAGCCAGAUUCUACUUUUCAGAAAUUUUCUAUCUCAGAUUGUGAGGUCAUUGCAGAAUAUGAUAUUCUAAAAAGUGUUGACAAAGUGACAGAUGCAGAUGGUAAACAAGCACACUCACCUAUGUUGAUUGACACCACCAAGUUGUUUGAGCUUGUCGAUGUGGUCAAGACGGAGCACCUGGUUUCACCAAGAGCAACUACAUAUGUUCUGCCCCUUGUCUCAUCUUUCCAUCACUUUGCUCCAAGAUCCAAGAUGGUGGAAGAUUCAAAGAGUGAAUUGCUCCUUUGGUUCAGCACUCUUUCUCCAGUCCUAAAGCACGAGUAGGAGCCUCCACCUUGAGGACAAGGUGGAAUUUUAAGGGG